AUGAUGGUCGAUCCGUUCGAAGUGCGCAUGCGGUUUACGACGCAGCUGCAGCACCUCAGCGCGUCAGUCACAUCCUCACAGAAAGCCGCCCACUAUGCUCUCAAAUACCGCGACCUCGAUGAGGAUCUCCAUUCCUGCAUUCUGGAGCAGCUCGAGAGAAACAACAUGAAUAACCGUGCGAAUAUUAUGUCCUUCAUCGAGCACUUUUGCGAAAUGGCUACGAAAGAAGACCACCUCCCCUACGUCCGCAUGAUUCAACGAGACAUCCUUCGAGUCGUUGACGCAGUGGUGCCGCCCGAUGGCACAGGAGCCGCAAACGUCAAACACGUCCGACGCGUUCUGAGCAGUCUGCAGGGCAAAGAGAUUCUCUCGGCUGAAGCUGUGGAAGAGAUCAACGCAGCUCUCAAAGACCGAGAGCCACACUCUGCACACCUGGACUUUGAGCAAGAAGAGGCACCGGAAGGCAGCGCGAAGUCGAAGACGGGAACGCCCCGCAACCCCAAGACUCAGGGUAUGCGCGUGGAUAAGAGACAAAUCGAGCAGAGAAUCGAGGAAGACCGCGAGCGCAACAAACGCCUACGAGAGAGUAUGUGGGCUGUUAGCGGGGAUGACACUGAGGAAUUCUCAAAGAUGUGGGAUGAUAUGAGCGACAUCGGCGAAGAUGACUUCAUCAACGCCAAAGAGGAGGCUGCUGAGCGCAGGCGUAUGCUCAAGGCCGUACGACGGAGAUCUUGA